UGGCGAAGUCUUCAGUCUGCUGUAAGUGGGCGGUCCGAGUACACUGACGUCACGACUACAAUCAAUAUAAAGGCCGUAAGAAGCAUUUACGAUGUCAGAGUCAGUCACCAAGAAGAGCAAGAUGGCAACGUCCCUCGACCAGUUGAAGGAAAUGACCGUGGUGGUCGCGGAUACAGGAGAUUUCGAGGCUAUGAAGGAGUACAAGCCCACAGAUGCCACAACAAACCCCUCCCUGAUCCUUCAGGCUGCUAACAUGCCUCAGUAUGCUCCAUUAAUUGACCAGGCAAUUGAAUAUGGAAAAGAAAAUGGAAGUGACUCCGAAGAGCAAGUGGCAGCUGCAAUGGACAAGCUCUUUGUCCUAUUUGGAUGUGAGAUUCUCAAGAUUGUUCCUGGCCGUGUUAGUAUUGAAGUAGAUGCUAGACUGAGCUUUGACAAAGAUGCAAGUGUAAGCAAAGCCAGAAAGUUUAUUUCAAUGUUUGAAUCUGAAGGCAUUGACAAAGAAAGGAUCCUUAUAAAACUGGCUUCUACUUGGGAAGGCAUUCAGGCUGCCAAGGUUCUCGAGGAAGAGUAUGGUAUUCAUUGUAACCUGACGUUAUUAUUUGGAUUUGCUCAGGCAGUUGCAUGUGCUGAGGCAGGUGUAACCUUGAUCUCUCCUUUUGUUGGUCGAAUCUUGGACUGGUAUGUAGCAAACACUGAUAAGAAGACCUAUGAACCUCAUGAGGAUCCUGGAGUUCAGAGUGUUACCCGUAUUUACAAUUACUAUAAGAAGUUUGGCUACAAGACAGUUGUUAUGGGAGCAUCUUUCAGAAAUGAUGGUGAAAUCCGUGAGCUUGGUGGUUGUGAUCUUUUGACCAUUGGACCCAAAUUUCUGGAGCAGUUGCAAAAUUCAACAGAACCUAUUCACCAGAACCUCUCAGAAGCCAAUGCCAAGAAACUGGAUAUCGAACGAGUCGAAAUGACAGAAGCCAAGUUCAGAUGGGAGAUGAAUGAAGAUCAGAUGGCUACUGACAAGUUGUCUGAAGGUAUUCGGAAGUUUGCCAUUGAUGCUGUCAAGCUUGAGAAGUUAUUAAUGGAAAAGAUGUAAUUAAUCUGAAGUUCCUGUUUGUAACUGUGAUUAGAAGUUUAGAGUUAAAACCCUCUGCAUAAUGGAUGCGGAGUGAAAGUUAUAUAUUUUAUUAACCACUAUUGCUUUUGUAUUGAUGUUUAUUACAAUACUAUAUAUUUAUUUGGUAAUUUUCACCGGUGAAGUAUAGAUUAACAUUCCAAGAAAGUUGUUAGUCAGGUUCAUGGAAUCAUGGUCAAAUAAGUACAUUGUGUUGAUGUAUUUGAUAUGUAACAUUGGUUGUAAAAUACCACUGAGUAACUCAUACAACAGAACCAAAAUAAAUAUGAACUGGCA